AUGCCCCACGCGCUCUCGAUGCCGGCCCCGGGCCUCCAAGCGAUCAUUCUAUGUGGCCCUGGCUCGUCGUUCCCAACUUUUACCACGAACCCAGAUGAGAAUCCAAAGGCCCUCAUCCCAAUAGCAAAUCGGCCUAUGGUGUGGUAUCCCAUCGAUUUCUGCUAUCGAAUGGGCAUUUCACGUAUCACGCUCGUCGCUCCGCCUUCCUCGGCGCCCGCAAUCAAUACAGCGUUGAAUACAAAUCCGCAUUUAACUAGCCUACCGCUUCCGAAACCAGAUUUGCUAGCACCUAAGGAUCUUGAUCAAAAUACUGGCACAGCCCAGAUUUUUCGUCUACCAGAGGUCCGUGAAGUGAUUACAGGCGACUUCAUCGUCUUACCGUGUGACUUGGUCUGCGAGUUGGGUGGUGAAGCUCUACUCGAAGCGUGGAUGGUCAAGGAAGCUUGCCUUGGCGACGCUACGAGUGGAAACGACGAACCCAGUGAGAAGGGAGGUUUGGGAGUAUGGUAUGAAACGAAAGGCGAAACCAUCAUCAAGGGAGAAGAGACAGAUUUCAUCGCCACGUCGCCACUUGAACCAGGCCCAGUACCACCUCCAAAAUCGGCAAUCCUGUCACAUCUGUCGAAGUUAGUUUACUCUGUGCCUACCGACACCCUAAAAGAUAUCACAGAGCAGAAAAAGAGUCUUCCUGUUCGCCAUGCUAUGAUUCGUGCUCAUCCUCGUUUGAGGCUGUUGAGCUCUCAUCGUGACGCCCAUAUCUACAUAUUCCCAGAGUGGGUUCUAGAUAUGAUUAACAGAAAUGAGCACAUGGAUAGCAUCGGCGAGGAUGUCAUCGGCUGGUGGGCAAAAGCCGGCUGGCAAAAUGGCCUUGGCGAGAAAUUGGGACUUCGUGAUGUUUUUGAUAAGCCAUCCCCUGCCAACGCCGAUGACAGCGUGCUGCUUGAAAACGUCCCGCAACAGGAUGGCAGAGGAUCUGGACGCCUGAGCACCACUUGGACUUCCAACCUUCGAGAGACCUUUCGCGAGGAAGUUGCCGGCUCUGAGUCUAAACUGGUAGCACCGUCAGUCCUAGCAUACAUACAUCCAAAGCCAAAGGAAGGUAGCCAGGCACCCUUACUUCGUCGGGUUGACACCGCCCCUCUACUGCUAUCCGUCUCUCUCCAGAUUGCUAAACUUGAGGCGAUCGACACGGCUGGCCGGGAGUCGUCAUCGCCAUUUGCACAUCAAAGCAAAGUUGCUUACCACGAGGGUAUUGCAUCUAAGACCACGGUCACACGGCCGGACUGCCUCCUUGCCGAAAACGUGACGGUGGAAGAGAAGUGCUCAAUCAAGGAAUGUGUAGUUGGUGCGAAUUGUCACAUCAAGCAGGGCGCAAAAUUAACCCGAUGCUUGUUGAUGGACGGCGUGGUUGUCGGCAAGGGAUGCAAGCUGACAGGAUGUAUUUUGGGGAGACGGAGUGAGAUUGGAGAGGACUCUAUAUUACAGGAUUGCGAAGUUCAGGAGAAUCUGCUAGUUGAACCGAAGACCGAAGACAAGAACACCAAGCUCAUGAGCUCGGAAGGAAUGGAGGCUACGGAAGAGGAAAUCCAGGAAUCGUUUGAAGAGGAGGCCGCCGUAUUGCAUGCGGAGACUGCCGGGGGUCUUUCACUUGGUUCAUAG